UACCAUAGACAACAGAGCAAGGAGAAGCACAGACCCAGUAAAUUUGACAGGGCCCUUCUGACUGUGCUAAUUAUAGAAAAUGAAGUCACUUUUUUGCCUGUGCUUUUUGCUUGCUGGGAUUCGUGCUAACGACCCUUGCCCACAGGAUUCAAAGUACCCUCAUUACAAUAGCUACUCUGAACUCAAUCCAGGUGUAAGCCACCAAGAGCAAGCAGGUCAAACAAACCAAAAUACAUGGGCUCAUAAGAUACAGAACAGCAUUUGCCAAUUUGCAUUAUGCUUCUACAAGGAAACAGCUCCUUCCAGAAACAAGGAGAAUGUGUUUUUCUCACCCAUCAGCAUAACCGGUACUUUGGCGAUGUUAGCUCUGGGAGCUAAAUCAGAGACUCUGCACCAGAUUCUUAGAGGACUCGGUUUUAACUCAGAAAAGAUUCAGGAGGAGGAAGUUCAUGAAGGUUUUUGCAAUAUCAUGCAAAAGUUAAACCAACAGAAUAAUGACAUUGAGCUGAAUAUGGGAAAUGUCAUGUUUGUGACGAAAGAACUCCAACUAUUACAGCAGUUUCGAAACAAUCUCGACCUCAUUUGUGGAGAGGAAAUUUUUCCUGUAAACUUCAGAUAUACUAAAGAAGCUGAGGAAAAGAUCAACAGAUAUGUAAAUGAAAAAACGAAUGGGAAAAUUGUCCAAUUGGUCAAAAAUAUUGAUCCGUUAACUGAAAUUCUUCUUGUUAGUUAUAUUUACUUUAAAGCUGGCUGGGAAAAACAGUUUGAUCCCAAAUACACUAAACAAAGGGACUUUUUUGUGGAUAAGAACACAGUUAUUAAAGUCCCAAUGAUGUUUCGGAUGGGCAUGUUUAAAUAUGGCUAUGACAGGCAGCUGUCUUCUACAGUGGUGCAGAUGGAUUAUAAAGGAGGUGCUACAGCAUUUUUUGUUCUGCCUGAUAGAGGACAAAUGCAGAAGCUGGAGAGAGGCUUGUCAUGUCAAGUUCUGUUUAAAUGGAGAAAACUAGUCUCAAAAAGGCUAUUGGAACUGUAUCUUCCAAAAUUCAACCUUUCUGAGACAUAUGAACUGAAAGGCAUGUUUAAUAGAAUGGGCAUCAUUGAUUUAUUCACCGAUAAAGCUGACCUGUCUGGAAUAACUGGGACACCCAGGCACAGGGUUUCAGAGGCUAUUCACAAGGCCAUGGUGAAAGUGCACGAGUCUGGUACUGAAGCUGCAGCAGGUACUGCCGUGGAAAUAGUGCCAAUGGCUGCUCCUAGUAACGUAAAAUUUGAGAGACCAUUCCUGUUUUUUAUACAGUUUGAAAACAGUGUACUCUUUUGGGGGAAAAUCCUGAUACCAAAGAAUAACUAGUUACUCUGCUUCUGGAUACUAACUAUGCCUGAUUACAACCAUUGUUAAAUAAACAUUAUGACCUGAUCAGUAUGGAGUUGGCUUCGGAGGACUCUUACAUUUCCCCCUGUGAUGCUGCAUGUUUUCUUUAUUAGCUGAGACUUUCUUUAUUUAAGUGAUUGGAAGAUGAAAUCAUGGCAUAUUAGUCUGGGCUCAUAUUUAAAAAAAAAAAAAAAAAAAAAAAAGGUUGAGUUUGGGCAGGACUCAAUACAUGUGUAAAAGGAAAGAUUCUUUGUUAGACAGCAAAGAAACAUUUUUCAAGAGGUGAAGAGCAGAAAUAGGCAUGGAGAUGACUAAAUUAUGUCUGCUUCUUCCUCCCAUCCACCUCCACUCUAUGUAAAGCACACUUUUUUGCAUACACAUUGACUGGCAAAUCAGUACAAGUUGCACUGUUUUACCACUUGCAUCUAUUUCUUUGCCAAUUUACAGUUCAGUCUAGUAAAUUUGUGUUAGUAAGUGUAGUGCUUACUACUGUUUGUCACCCACUGCUGAUCCAUGGCCCAGUAUGGCUCUGUUAUGCUAGUUAGGCUGUUGCAAAAGGACGGCAGGGGGGGCACACUGGAACAGGCUACCUUGUGAUGUGUAAUUUUCUUCAUGGGAAGUUUUAAAGAAAAAAAUUAGACAAACAGCCAUCAGCAAUAAUCCAGGUAUAUUUGAUCCUUCCUUAAUGUAGAGGAUGGAGCCAGGUGAUAUCUUCAGAUCACUUCUACCCUGCAUUUCUAUGAGGAAGUUCUAUGAUCUCCCUAGUGCAAUGAUUCCCAGCAUGGUGCCAAGUACCCUGGGGUGCCUUGAGAUCCUCUUAAGGUUGCCACAGGGUGCCAAGCAAUUUAAUACUGUUAGGUUUUGAAACAUAAUUCACCAGAUAAACCCAAA